UGGCGAAGCAUGUACUGCGAGUGGGUUACAUAAUUGUACAGGUCCUUUUGUAACAAUGUUUUAUUUUGUGCAGGAAAGGGAAACCUAACUAGUAUAAAAUGUCUGACACCGAGCAACAGUUAAUGGAAACAUCAGAAAACGGCCACGAAGGCGAGGAGGAUUUUAACGGAGCCAAAACAGCCGAUGAAACGGAAGAGACCGAACCCCUGGAUAAAGGCGAGGAAGAGACCGAAGCCUGCAUAGAAGACGAGACUGCAGUAGAGGGAGAAGAUUCGCAAAAUGGUGCCACUGAGGGCGAAGGCGGACAGAUCAACGCCAGCAAAGGCGAGGAGGAUGCAGGGUGAGUGUAGAAAUGUCUUAGAUCUCAGCAGAGUGCGAAUGGAUUGCAUCGCUUCUUUGUUUCGUCUGGCUUUGUUGGCGCCAUGUGCGGAGCAAGGGGGGAUGGGCACUUACAGCAGCGAUCAAAUGUAACACUCCCUCGCCGGUGAUUAUCUUUUUGCAGGGCUAUAUUGUUUAUUCUGUUUAGGUCACAUAACGGACUGUUUCUGAUCAGAGAUUUGGGGUUUAUGAUGGGCCUUCGUGGUUUUGGACAUACAGUAAGUAGUAGGCCCAGCCUUCCUACGUCAGCAAUGGCCACAGAUUUGUAGUAGUACUAGAUCAGGGAUCAUCAACAAUUUUUUUCCGGAGCAGUUUGUCGGGGGCCAGAAAAUAACUACAAAUAAUUUGUAGACUGCAAAAAGGCGCAUAUAUAUAUAUAUAUAUUACACACAAUAUUUGACUAAAACAUAAUCAUCUCAAACCUUGCUUACAUUUGUAUACGAUCAUGUAUUUCUAUUAUGCAUGGGAACAGAUUUCUUAAAUUAAAAUAACUUGAAGCUGGUUUCCAGGUGUGUUAGUCUUAUGUCCAACAAUGAAACCCCCCCCCCAAAAAAAAACAACAAAUUCAAUUUUGCUCAGAACUUGGGGGGCCGAAUAAAACCACACACGGGCCAAAUUGGUCCUGAGGGCCGCCAGUUGGGGAACCCUGUACUAGAUGUUCCCAAACACUUUUAGAGCAGUUGUUACCCAACCAUCAUAUUUAGUCAGUUUUCCUUUUUUCUUUGCUAGGAAAAUGUUUGUUGGAGGACUUAGCUGGGACACAAGUAAGAAAGAUCUUAAAGAUUAUUUCUCUAAAUUCGGUGAAGUGACGGACUGCACCAUAAAGAUGGACCAGCAGACAGGCCGGUCAAGAGGCUUCGGCUUUAUUCUAUUCAAAGAAGCAGUCAGUGUAGACAAGGUAAGAUGAUGACAUAUUUUGGGGGUUUGUUACUUUUCUCUAAGAACUGCAUGUCGUUUCCAUGUGGAAUAUUACAACUUGGCAACAUCAUACAACUAUUUGCCAUUCUUCAUUCUCUGACCAUUCUUCCUUUUUGUCUAGGUUUUGGAACAGAAGGAACACCGACUCGACGGACGACAGAUCGACCCCAAGAAGGCCAUGGCUAUGAAGAAGGAGCCCGUAAAGAAAAUUUUUGUUGGUGGCCUCAACCCAGACACAGACAAGGACGAUAUCCAGGAGUACUUUGGAACCUUUGGCGAGGUACAGUAUCAACAUCUCUCUUUGGGGAUAACACUGACUUGGUGUUUUAACAGUAAUUGUUUUCUCUUUCCUUUGACCUGCAGAUCGAGACGAUUGAGCUUCCACAGGACCCAAAGACGGAAAAGAGAAGGGGGUUCGUGUUCAUCACGUAUAAGGAUGAAACACCUGUCAAAAAAGUGCUAGAAAAGAAAUUCCACAACGUCAGUGGAAGCAAGGUAAAAAAUUGUAAUGCAUUGUGUGUUUGUGCACGGUCUCUUUCAAAUUAAGCUCUUGAUUUCUGUAUAAAAAAUAAAAUCAGUGGUGGUUUCCUCAGGGAACAUGUCACCCUCACAUUGAAGAUCCAUGCAGUAAGUGUGGCAAAGGUUUUUUCCAUGUCUGACUUAAGUCUUCAUGUUACCGAUCUGUUCCAGUGUGAGAUUAAAAUAGCCCAGCCCAAAGAGGUGUACCAGCAGCAGCAGUUUGGCGGCCGUGGAGGUGGAGGAGGAAGAGGCAGGGGCCGUGGAGGUGAGAAUCAACACCAAACACCUGGUGUGGAUUUAACCUGGCAAAAAGGGUUCUAAAUUGGCUCCUCUCACCCCAGUCCCAAGAUCAAAGUAGUUGUUUAUAUAACUCUGCUCUAUGUGCAUCUAAUCACUGUAACGUAAUCUUCUCAGGUCAGGGCCAGAACUGGAACCAAGGUGGUGGAUACAACAACUACUGGAACCAAGGCUAUGGUAACCAGGGCUACGGCUACAGUGGACAGCAAGGAUACGGCGGAUACGGAGGCUAUGGGAACUACGACUACUCCGCUGGAUACUAUGGCUAUGGGGGUGGCUACGACUACAGUAAGCGAUAACCACCCACAACGCAAAUGUGAGAAACUUUGUUGGUACUUGUCGUACGGAAGACACUCAGUCCCUUUCUUUCUUGUCCUCCAGACCAGGGCAAUGCAGGCUAUGGGAAAACUCCAAGACGUGGAGGCCACCAGAGUAGCUACAAGCCAUACUGAUCACAUGUAGUGCAGGUAUGCAUUUUUUGCAUCAUCUAUGGUGAUAUGACAAUCUAGCUGUAACCAUUUGUGCCUUUGACUCCAAAAUUUCUCCCAUCUAGUCUGAUCCCAUUCAAACGUUUGUUAACGGGGGGAGUGGGGUGGAAUUCAUUAAUAAUGGACUCAUUCCAUGUGCCAACCAUUUAAGAUGCAUCCCUAUAAACACUACUUGAUCAAUAAGGGUUGAGGUGGUGGUGGUGGUGGUUGACCCAGUAUAAGCAUUAGGGCCUUUCCGAUGGGGUGCUAGGUAUGGCAGCUAGGUGUCAUGUCCCCUUUGAUGUUCUCCUCUCACUGAGUGAGUUUGUUCAUUUUAAUAUAAGUAUACAACUGUAAAGUCAUUCAUAAACAUCGUGGUGUCCCUGUGUGUAAUACUAAAUGCCAUUUGGUUAUGGUCAGUAACUGUAUGCACCAUGUUUCUCUCUUAAGGUCUAAAGUAAAUAAAGAAAAAAGAAAUCCAUGGUCCGGCCACAGCGAACAUGGGCUCUGGCUUUUCCUUUGGAGUUGGCAGAAAUGUGGACUCAUACUCCAUAUGUACAGAUCAAGUGAGGAACUGGGGAAGCAAAUGUCACUUUUCCACCUUUUUUUUUAUUUUAUAUUGUUUUGUGUCCAUUUACAUUUCCAGAGAUGGAAAUGUUAUUUUAACUGUACUUUUUGGUACCUUUUUGAAUCUAAUGUAUUGUAUGGUUGUAUUUUACAUGUCUACUGGAUUUGCCAACAAACAGGAGCAGAGCUUUCAGAAGCUUUUGAAAUAAAACGAUAGCAUUUUUUUGUUUCUAGGCUUAGUAAAACAUUUUCCCUUGCUGAGUGUUUGAUGCGAGUUGCAUGGCUUCAGAUGUGGGGUGAGGUGAGAUAAGGGAUUAAAACUAAUCAAAGGUUUCAUUGUAAGCUUGUCUAGUGAAUGUUUGCAUUUGGCUAGUAGACGAGGACAACCAGCAUACGUUUUUUGGCUUUUUAAGGAGGUCCCCCCAUCUUCUCUGUAAUUUUAAGUGGCUUUACUAGUGUUAUACGAUACAGUACAACUGAGCUCAAGCCUGUUAAUGUAAGUAGACGGCCUUCCCUUUCCCUCUGGAAACUCAUUCCUCUAGUGUCUUGGGUAAAUUGGUAGAAAUAAACUUUUGGUUUAUAUUACACGUGGAUCCUUUUGUUAUUAUUUAUAAACCCCCUAAUGCUGUUUUGGUUACUGUUAACUGCUUUGUACUGUUAAAUGGAUUGCUUGUCCUGUCUUGGGUAAGGUUAAAAUCGUGCCGUAUGGAUGGAUGCCUCUCUGGGAUGCGGUGGCAGAUACUUUGCUGGCAGAGGGAUAACUUGCUCAGUCAAUGGGGUGAAGGCUGUACUACGUAGCCUACGUGUAUAUUUACUUUCCAAGCUAGCUGAUCUUACCCCACUAUGGAUCUGAAGUUGAACUACAGUAUUUGGUAUGUUUUUAUAGGUGGAUAAGUCAAGGUAAUAACUGUAGUCCUCUGGUAAGUGCACGCCCACUCCCAUACAUUAUUUUUGUCUGUCAUCAAUACAGUCAUAUGUACUUGUGUACAAAGUCACUGUUGCCAUGCAAUGUUGCAGUUAUCAAGAUCAGCUGGAAGUGACCUCAUCAGUCUGCCUGGGCCGGUGUCCAUUUCACGUCAAGUAGGCUGUUUACACAGGCAGCCCAAUUCUGAUAUUUUUUUCCACUGAUUGGUCUUUUGACCAAUCACAGACCGUUUCGCUGAGCUGAUUGGUCAAAACACCAAUUUAGUGGGGGGAAAAAUAUCAGAAUUUAACUGCCUGUAUUAACGCAGCCUAACAUACAUCAGUAGACCUUUGUUGUGAGCACUUCUUGAUCCGGUAGUUGCUAUGUGAUUGUAUCUAUUUCCACAGGGAAGUAUAAAUGUGAGGAGGAUCACAACGUUAGUGUUUUAUAGUACAAAUGUAUUGCCUUUCUGUUGCAUAUGUCACUGCUUCUCUUCUGUCCCUCAUGCAGGAUCAAAAGCAGUCACUAAUUCCACUUCAUGAACUAUCACAAACCAUUCUCGUGUUGGUAGAUCUAGUAGUGUAAUCUUAAUGUCUUAACGAUUUGGCUUUUUAUCCUUCAUUGUGGUAUGGAUCUGUGAGAUUGGCUGUGUUGAAUACGUCUGCAUUCCUUCCCUUGUCUUCCUCCAUGAUGACUCCAGUUUGUCUGAAAAGCAAAAGACCCAAGUUCUGGGACCGUAUCCACAAAGCGCCUCAAAGUAGGAAUGCUGAUAUAGGAUCAGUUUUGCCUUUUAGAUCAUAAUAAAUACAAUUUCUAUGGACAGAUCCUAGAUCAGCACUUCUACUCUGAGAUGCUUUGUGGAUACGGGCCCGGUGCUCUGCCCUAUCAAAUCCAAUGUCUGAGAAAUGCACUUUGGAAACGGUUAGUGAAAUCUACUGGAAGAGUACGUCACACUAACAACAACACUACCUCUGACUCUUCUGAUUGUGACCAAUUCUUACUGUCUGAUGCAAUUAAAUCUUUCUACAGGUUUGUACAAACCUUAGAAAUCUCCAUUGUCCAGUU